AUGUCAUUCGUAGAACGACAAAAGCACCUUCUACAGAGCGGGGAGUUUUCUGACUUUACCCUGACUGUUGGUGGCAGAGAUUUCAGAAUCCAUCGCAGUGUCGUCUGUCCCCAGUCGACCACGUUGCGCAGUCUAUGUGCUGGCAGUUUCCAGGAAGGACUUGAAGGUCGUGGAACACUCGCCGAAGAAAAGGCCGAUGUCGUCGAGAAAGUACUGGAAUUCUUGUACACGGGAGAAUACAACCCUUCAACAAAGGGGUCCGAAGUAGGGAAACCCCCGAAAAACAAGACGGAUUCCCUGCAUCAGCAGUCGGAGGAGCUCAUGGUUCAUGUUGAGGUCUACCUGCUGGCCAAGUACCUGAAUGUCAGUGAGCUCAUGCGACAUGCGACGAGCGCAUUCACAGCCGCGGCCAAGGAAAACUUUCGAGCCGACGCACUUCUCGAACCGUUUUCUCGAGUGCUCAACAAUGGUGCUGAUGGCGACAGUGGACUGAGAGCCCAAAUCUUUGAGCUCUGCUUGGAGAACUUUGCCCGGCUGCCAGAGGAUGGGGAGUUGUCCCAACUGCUCCUACAGCACGAACCCAUUGCCUGGAAGAUGUUGUCCCGACAGGCUCAAGCACACGCUUGCCAGAUGGAAGAAGCCGCUGAAAAGCAUCGGGUGCUCGAAGAAACUCUGAGAACCUCGCAAGCAACCAUUGAAACUCUGCGUCAAAGAAUUGAAGAAACGACUGGGGAAUAUUCCAUGCACACAUCCUACUGGGUCCAUGUCUCCCAAUUCAUUCUCAGCACCCUGCCAAAAAGAGCGCCUCAAAGUCCGAAGCCGGCAAGUUUUCAAGAGAGCACGAACGAUGGUCUUGAACCCAAAGCGAGCCAACAGGAAUCUCCCAACUUUGCGGCUGCUGGUGUCACUAAAGGCAGAGGAACCACAACCGGUGAUAUCCUACCGAUUCAGACGAGAGCUGUGGGAGACCUCACCGAUGGCAAAGACUUGUUUGCCCGUCAAGAUAUCCCUUCUCUCGUGUCCAGCGCAAUUGGAUCUGAUCUCUUCCCGCCACCUUUUCCUUUCACGCCUGGGAUUCCUCCGUUUCCAACUGCUCCCGAGGCCUCCUUUCUGACCGCCGUGACGUCGACGCCAGAGCCAGGAUCAACAUUGUCCUCGACCUCUUCACCUUCAACAACGGUUACAGACAAUCUCUCGUCCAGUACACUGGGCGAAUCGACAACAACGUCUGUCAACCCUGGCGGUCUUCUAUCUCAGACUUCAACUGCAUCCGAUCCUUUGUCUGCGGCCCGUACAGCAUCGCAGUCGUCAACACCAAAUCAAUCCUUCCCAAUGACGUCGGCUCCUGCGAGGACAACAGCUUCGUCGAGUCUUCAGCACACAGCCAGUGCCCCUGCUGUUGAGGCCAGCAUGAAUGGCACGACCGAAUCCAAAUGCCACGGGACUCUUUCACAAGGACAAAAAGCAGGAAUUGCCAUUGGAACUCUCGUUGGUGCUACGUUGAUUCUGUCGUUGCUAUAUUGGUUCUUUAGAUGGCGCAAGGGUGGUCGUCAAGGCUCGAUCGUGAGACUGGGGCGACAUCGGCACCCUGAGUCUGGCGAAACGCCUUGGCCACGUAACCAGCCGUUCGGCAUCUUACCAGAUUCUCCCAUGGCAGAAGCUGGCUUGAGCAAUGUCCCAGCCUGGAACCACAAAAACAACAUCCACGCGCAGCCGACCAUGAUAGUCAAAGCGCGGCAGUCCAUGCCCAGAUCUCUGAGAUUCCUCCGAACAAAUCCCCUGGGCAUGAACCCGGUUACUCCGCCGGCCUCGAGGCCACGAACCCCGAGCCGAAAAUCACUCGCUUCGUCCUUGUUCCGUCGGCGCUCAACGACGUCGACGCUGCGCAGUGUCUCGGUUCCACCAACAGAGGAACAACCCGUGUCCAUGAGAGGCCCUCACUCGCUACGACCCCUAUUCAUCCCCCCUUUCAGGCUUCAACCAGCAGCCUCGCCGGCAUCGCCGUCCAAGACAGCCACCAAGAGCGUCUCGGCGAGCACUCGCUCCUUUGCGGGUGCCUCUGCAACUCACUCGCGUCCAAUGAGCCAGCAGCAGAGGCCGCGUUAUCCGAGUACAUCGCCCGCGGACAGAGAUCCUCGGUCUGCCAGAGCGAUCUUCGACCGGACGAGACCUCGUCUGCCGUCAAAACUGUCCAGGUCGCAAUCCUCUACGACUAACACGACUGGCUCGGAAUCCUUGCCACAGGGCGCGAGGAAAGAUGUUCCACCCCCCGUGCCACUCUGGCGAGGGCGAGUCAUGCCCCGGCAACCCCUGCCCACCUUGUCCACGUUGUGGGAGAGGGAUAAGACCCUCCAAGCCCCCAAUCUGUCACGGGAUGCCCAUCUGGACGUCUUGAAGGCGAGCACGAAGGUGCGCGUGCGUGCGGCCCCUAGCGACGACUCGGACGAAGACGAAGACGACGAAGAGGACACACCUCCUUUGCCACCUCCCAAGAGUCCAAGGAUGAUGCCGCCUCGACAGGUUGGAUAG